AUAUAAAUAUUUCUUCCUUUAACAAUUCUACCCAACAAACCCUUUUACCAAGUUGAGCUAGUCAUUCCUCUCUUCUUCUCUUCUUGUUUCUCUUUUUUUGCCCUACUCUGUUGGGGUUUCAAGUUUGUAAUGCAUUUAAUCUUUCUUGCUUCUUUUUUGAUCUUCGUCUUCUUGGCUUAUUUGCUGGUUGUUGCAAGUUUUUCUGGUUUUGGGCCUCUUAAUUUCUUUGUGUUUCAAUCAUGCCUGCUCUUGUUAACUACGGUGGAGAUGAUGAAUUCUAUUCUACUGGGUCUUUUCGUACAAAUCCAAUCGACUUGGGUCGAUUUUAUUCAAUUGGUUCCCAUGUGGAUAUAUACAGCCCUCCCUGCAAGCGGGCUCGCACUAGUUCCCCUUUUCUUUAUGGAAUCUUCGAACCUGAGCAGAAUAAGCAGCCAUCAAUUGACGUUCUUCCGGAUGAAUGCCUUUUUGAGAUCUUCAGGCGUAUCCCUGGAGGCAAAGAGAGGAGUGCCUGUGCUUGUGUCUCCAAGCGCUGGCUUAUGCUAUUGAGCAGUAUCCGAAGGGCUGAAAUUUGCAAGAGCAAAAUAACAGUUGCAGAGAGAGAGACAACAGUUCCUGUUUCCGAUGAUGUUGAAAUGGUCUCUUGUGCUGAAAAUGGGGAGACUGGGAACAAUGGCUACUUGACAAGGUCUUUGGAAGGGAAGAAAGCAACAGAUAUGAGACUGGCUGCAAUUUCUGUUGGAACUAGUGGCCAUGGGGGGCUAGGCAAGCUUGUUAUCCGGGGAAGCAACUCUGUUCGUGGAGUCACCAACCUUGGUUUAUCAGCAAUAGCGCGCGGGUGCCCAUCUUUAAGGGCUCUUUCUUUGUGGGAUGUUCCUUCUGUUGGGGAUGAAGGUCUAUUUGAGGUGGCCAAAGAAUGCCAUUCGUUAGAAAAGCUUGACCUUUGCAAUUGUCCAUCAAUUUCCAACAAGGGUUUGAUUGCAAUUGCUGAGAACUGCCCUAACUUGAUUGCUUUGAACAUUGAAUCUUGCCCAAAGAUAGGUAAUGAGGGCUUACAAGCCAUUGGGAAAUUUUGCCCCAAGCUGCAGUCCAUCUCUAUUAAAGACUGCCCUCUUGUUGGCGAUCAUGGAGUAUCAAGUUUAUUGUCAUCAUCUACUUCUGUAUUAACCAAGGUAAAGCUUCAGUCAUUAAACAUCACAGAUUUCUCCCUUGCUGUUAUCGGGCACUAUGGGAAGGCUGUUACCAAUCUUGUCCUUAGCAAUCUGCAUCAUGUGAGUGAGAAGGGCUUUUGGGUCAUGGGUAAUGCUCAGGGUUUGCAGAAAUUGUUGUCCUUGACAAUUUCUUCUUGUCGGGGAAUAACAGAUGUGAGUCUUGAAGCUAUUGCAAAGGGCUGCACAAACCUGAAGCAGAUGUGCCUACGCAAGUGUUGCUUUGUAUCAGACAGUGGGCUGGUCUAUUUUGUCAAAGCGGCAGGGUCUCUUGAGAGCCUGCAAUUGGAAGAGUGUAACAGGGUUACUCAAUCAGGGAUUGUUGGUGCAGUCUCCAACUGCGGAAAAAAGUUGAAAGCUCUUAGCCUUGUGAAGUGCAUGGGAAUUAGAGAUUUGGCUUCAGGAAUGCUAGGGUCCUCUCCUUGUAGCUCUCUUCGGUCCCUGUCCAUUAGAAAUUGCCCAGGAUUCGGUAGUGCAAGUUUGGCUUUGGUGGGCAAGUUGUGCCCUCAACUUCAGCAUGUAGAUCUUAGUGGUCUCUGUGCAAUUACAGAUUCAGGGCUUCUCCCACUUCUGGAGAGUUGUGAGGCUGGACUGGUUAAGGUGAAUCUUAGUGGCUGCAUGAGUUUGACGGACAAAGUAGUUUCAGCCUUGGCUAGGCUACAUGGUGGAACUCUUGAAUUUCUGAAUCUGGAUGGUUGCAGGAAGAUAACUGAUGCCAGUUUGAUGUCAAUUGCUGAAAAUUGUUUGUUUCUUAGUGAUCUAGAUUUGUCGAAAUGUGCUGUCACUGAUUCUGGAAUUGCAGUCCUGUCUAGCACAGAUCAGCUCAAUCUUCAAGUCCUUUCCCUGUCCGGUUGUUCAGAAGUAUCAAAUAAGAGCUUCCCUUUCCUAAAGAAACUGGGCAGGACCUUGGUGGGGUUGAAUCUUCAAAACUGCAGUUCUAUUAGCAGCAGCACAAUUGAGCUGCUUGUGGAGAGCUUGUGGAGAUGUGAUAUCCUCUCCUAAUCAUGGAGAGGAAUAGAAAGUGUAAUCACUCGAUCAAAUGGACAGAAUUGAACGCAGUGGACUGCCUUUAGGAGUUCAAGAAUUCCAGUUUGACUUGAUAUUGUACAAAGGAUUAGAAUCUCAGUCAGCUCACAAGGGUAGCAGCUUUCCGAAUAGGUUUUUGGCCCAUCAGCAAUGGGUUCACUAGCAACUCUGGUUUGGUUGUUUUCCUGGAUGCUUUGGCAGAUUACUCAUCUACCUCUUUUUUUGGCAGGCUUUCCUUAGAUGGAAAGCUUGUUGUAACUGUUUAGCCCCCAUUGAUGGGGGGCCUCCUCUUUCAUUGCCAUGGUUUCUUGAGAAUACAGUUACCAAGCCCUAGGUUAGAUUUUCACUUGUGGCAUCUCCAACGCACAUCAUGUCAAGUCCCCGUUCUUUUACUGGAUGUAAGCAUAUGCAGUAUCUUAGCAUCUGUCCCUUUGUUGUUUGAUGGUAUAAUGAUCUACGAUCCCUUGACCAAGUUUUCUGUGUUUCUGUCAUAUAUAUGAGUCUGUUGUUUUAAUAAGUUCAUCUUAGUUGCAAGCGUCUCGAUAAAGAGUAGUAGUGCCUGAAACUCUUGUCAGGGUCAGGGAUCUUGUGUGUUUACUUUCAUCAAAGUCCUUUGUGUGUAAGGUUGCUUUGGGCAGUUCUGUAUCUGGGUGCCUUGGAUUAGCAGGCUUUGGUUGUGGCAUUAAGUUCAUCUCUUUGCCAUGACAACAUUGAGCUUGUUUUUAAGCCAGGCCUGAUUUUUGCAAGCUUCUCUGUGAUUAUGAAUUGUACUCUGCAUCCACUUCAAUAAAAUGUAAUAUUUCCCA